AUGAAUCUCCCAACAAAAGUUCAACAAUUUAUAGAACUCACUGGCGCUCCUGAAGAAUACGCAAAAUUAUAUUUAGACAAUUGUAAUGGAAAUUUGGAAACUAGUGUUAAUGCUUAUUUAGAAAAUGAAGAAAUAGCUCUUAAAGGAGAUGAAAAUUACCUUGCUCCUGAAAAAAUAAAGAUAACACAACUGACGACACCCACAUCAACUGAGUCAAAUACUUUUAUGUUUAGAAACUUUAAAGAUGAAGCAGAAGGAAAAAUUACUAAUUACCAACAAUUUGUACCAUUAAGCGAAUCAUCAGUCCUUGGUGAUUUUGGAGCAGCUUGUGAACGAGCUGAAAAAGAAAAUAAAUGGAUAUUAGCAUAUGUUUUUAAAGAAAAUGAUUUAGAAUGCUUAACAUUCAUUAGAGAUGUUUGGAAAAGCUCAUCUGUUAGAUGGCAAAUGGCUAGAAAUUACAUAUUAUGGGUACCACUAACUGCAAUUGCUAAUAACUAUUCAACAUCAACAACUGGCCUUUCUUCAAUAAAAACAUGUGAUGACUAUGUAACACGAUACAAAAUAAAAAUGCCUAGUAUUGCAUUACAUAACCCAAUUACUGGAGAAUUACUUGAACUAAUAACAGCAAGAGAUGAAAAAGAAUUAAGUCUAAAACUUAAAGAUAUAAUAAGGGUAUAUGAAUAUCCAAACAAAGAGGAAAUAAAACGAAAAACUGAUAAUAUUUGUGAAAUUUCUUCUGAUUCUUCUUCAGAAGAUAAUAGUGAUUUAAUUUGUUUUGGUGCAAAUAAGAAACCUUCUCAAUUAAAGAAUGAUACCACAACAUCUAAAAUAACAAACAUUAUUGAAAUUGAUGAUUCUCUUCUUUCAGAAUCAAAGAAAACAAGUUUAAAAAAGUCACAAGAUGUUGUUGACCCAGUUAAUCAAAACAAUCCUCAACUUAAAAUACAGCAACCAACUCAAGAACUUAAACCAUGUAUUCACAAAGUUUCUGUAUAUAAUAAACCUAAAGAAGGGAAACCAGGAAAGAUUAAAAUUACCCUAAAUAAACAAACAAAAAUCAUAGAAAUUUAUGAAAAUUAUACUGUUGGGGAUGUUUUAGAAAUAAUUCGUAAUGAGUUUAAUGAAAAAAACAUAAUUAUUUGGGGAAACUUACCAAGAAGAAGAAUUGAUUUAAUGGAUGAAAAUACAUUGUUAACAGAAGUUAAGUUAUAUCCAUCUUCUGUAUUAAUUGUCGAACAAAUAAAAUAA